CUAACGUGGUUGGAUGCUGCAGGAGGUGGGGGGGGGGGGGCUCCCUGACCUCUCCUCCCUCUCGCUUUGUUGCUCACUCUGCUCCAGGCACGCAGGCCUCCUUGCUCUUCUCCAACACACCAGGCUCAGUCCUUCCCCAGGGCCUUUGCACGUGCUGUGCCCUCUGCCUGGACUUUUCUUCCCUCUGGUACUCCCAUACCUGCUUCCCUUCCCCUCUGGGUCUCUGCUCACACGUAUUUCUAUAUGGCCUUGGACACCCUAUUUUAAGCUUGAACUCCCCUCUUAGUAGUCCCAACCCUUAGACCCUGGUACCACCACUCCAAUACCACUAUUUUUUUUAGAUUUUAUUUAUUUAUAUUAGAAAGAGACUGUGCACACACAUACGCACACACGUGUGUAAGCAGGGUGGUGGGGAAUGGAGAGAAGUAGACUCCCUGCUGAGCGCGGAACCCGACUUCUUCCUCGAUCCCACGACCCACGAUCAUGACCUGAGCUGAAAUCGUGAGUCAGAAGCCCAACUGACUGAGCCACCCCAGUAACACUCUUCACUUUCUAAGCCAAUACAUCACUUACUCUAAGAUCAUCUUGAAUGUCAUCUCCAUGAAGGUAGGGAUUUUCCCAGGAGACCAAACAGCUCAAGCAAAGGCCCUGGGGUGGGGAUGGAUAUGCAAAGUAGCCGAAUGGGGGGGGGGGCACUGGGCGGAAGCGAUUUGCGCUGUGAUUAAUCCAGGCAGAUGGUGGCCUUGGAGGAGCCCCAAUCCUCUUACCCAAAGCCCCUAAAUACUUCCGCAACGCGGGUCACCUCCGGGCCUCUCCUGCUCUGGGUGGCCAUCAUGUCAGGGCCGGCAGUUGAGGAGGGGAUGGAGGGCUGGAGCCCGGCCCCACCGCUGUAUGAGGAGUACCGCCCACCACCUCUGGAUACCAUCCGCCUGCCCAGGUAUGCGCUGUACCUGCUGCUGGCGGCGUUCCUGGUGGUGGCCGUGGCCUAUGCCAUUGUGGGGCAUCUCAUCAAGGACCUCGCCCAUGACCUGGCCGACUGGGCCUUUGGCCCGAAGCCAGACCAGGAAGACGCCCCCCGGGAGCUGCGCUCGAGCCUGGAGGGCGAGGAUCUGGAGGAGCUCGACCUCCAGCUGGCCCUGGCCUGGCGGGGUGAUGAGGACCCUGCCGGGGGUGGCGAUACGGCCCCUGCAGAAGCCCCCGCCCCGGCUCCCCGCCGCUCUUCCAUUGCCUUCAAGGACCCGCCUGCUCGGAGCUCCUUCUGGAGGCUGGGCUGAGCCGGGCCCUGCCCUCUGGCCCCAGGACCUGGGUUUGAACCCCUUUGGGAGUUGUGUGGACAGGACUUGUGCACGCGGGAUCGCUUGCUCCCCUGAGCAGCCGGACUUGGCAGAGAACGUUGUCUUUCUUGGCUGGCGGGUUCCCAUGGUUGAUCCCUGGGACUCUCUGCACUCCUGCGCACCCCGACCCAGUAGCCCCAGAGCCUGAUUCCGCCCAACCUGUGCUUGAUUUUCAAAGAGUAACAGUGGUAAC